UUUUCCAUAUUUUAGGAGAAUGUUAGUAGAUGUUAGUGUUAGGGGAGAAGGGGGGGUGGGGUUUGAGCCGCCGACCUCAUUAUGGGCGUAAAUGUUGGGCCAUCGGGGCUAGCACCCCACAUGCAAAUUAAUGAAAUUAAUGACUUGGCUCGGGUUAUUUGCGUGGAAUUCUGGAAGUGGGCUUCACAAAGAGGGAAUCGAAAAUUCUGCAGGCGCUUUCCUGUAGUGUACCCAUUAUGACAGAUCCGGAUCGUUUAUUUUUGGCAAUCAAUGUUCAGAUACGUUUGUUAACUUUGAUCGGUUAAAAUUAAUUUUUACCGGUCAAAGUUAACCAACUUAUUGAAACUAUUGAUUGUCGAGAUGAAUGAUCCAGAUCUGUCCUACAGGGUGCACUACACGGAGCGCCAACAGCGAUGCACACAAUAGGAGUAUGUACCCAGUAGUCGAACUCGUGUGUGAAACAUAUAGUUCAAUUUCUUUCAUGUAAAUGAUGGCCGGUUAAAACAGCCGUUAUUAACAUUCCCAGUAAUAAUUUCACAAAGCUGCGCGAUGCAGUACCAAAUGAUUGCCGACUUGCGGUGGCUUUCACAAGAAAAACAGAGCAAACAAGUGAAAAAGAAAAGGAUCACGUUUUUCUAAUACUUCCAGUCAACCAACAACCAACGAUUACAUCAACGAGCACUCUUCAUCAUUGUCAUACUGUACGCAUCUCGAAUCUCAAAACUUCCGAGUCUACCCCAGAAACCCAGAGGCUCCCUCCAAUCACUGGAUCAUGCCCAUAAUCCCGUGUUCUUGAUCAAUCAAGUUGAAUCCAUUGCUCCAAAUCUAUGAGUCAGUUAAAGGAGAAAUCCAAGGCUUUCAUCAACAACAGAUGGCUGGUGUUCGUGGCCUCAAUGUGGGUCCAGUCGUGUGCCGGGAUUGGGUACUUGUUUGGGAGCAUAUCGCCGGUGAUAAAGAGCGAAAUGGGGUACAACCAGAGGCAAAUCGCCAUCUUGGGAGUGGCCAAAGAUCUGGGGGACAGUAUCGGGUUUAUCGCGGGUAGUUUGUGCGAGAUUUUGCCGAUUUGGGCUGUUCUUAGCAUUGGGGUGGUCCAGAAUUUUGUUGGGUAUGGCCUGCUUUGGCUCAUUGUCUCUGACAAGUUGCCUAAUUUGCCCUUGUGGGUGCUGUGUGUUUCCAUAUUUGUUGGAACGAACGGAGAGACAUACUUCAACACUGGAGCUUUGGUAUCAUGUGUUCAGAACUUUCCCAAAAGCCGUGGUCCCAUAGUGGGGAUACUGAAGGGAUUCGCUGGUCUAAGUGGUGCUAUUUUAACUCAACUGUAUGCCUCAAUCAACACUUCUAAUCAGUCGACACUGAUCUUGAUGAUCGCAGUUUGGCCCACUAUUGUAGUCCUUUCUCUCAUGUUCAUUGUUAGACCAGUUGGAGGUCACAGACAAGUUAGAUCAUCCGAUGAUUCAAGUUUCUUGUUCACUUAUGGUGUCUGUCUCGUUCUGGCAGCCUAUUUGUUGGUCAUUUUGUUGCUCGAUGAUAUAGUAGAUUUAAGCCAAACAUUAAUAACAAUUUUCACAGUUGUGUUGAUAAUUAUCAUAUUGCUUCCAGUAAUGAUACCUAUAAGAUUGAGUUUUUUCUUGGAACCAAGACUUCCGACAGAGGAGAGCCUUCUCCCUCAACCUCAAAUACAAGAGGGGACUGAGGUCAUUCUUAGUGAGGUUGAAGAUGAGAAAUCUGAAGGAGAAGAAUCGCUUACAGCAUCAGAAAGGCAUAAGCGAAUUGCUCAGUUGCAAGCUAAACUGUUUCAAGCAGCUGCUGAAGGAGCAGUCAGGGUCAAGCGAAAGAAAGGUCCACGUAGAGGAGAGAACUUCACUUUGCUACAGGCAUUAGUGAAGGCAGAUUUUUGGCUUAUUUUUUUCUCCCUUGUACUGGCUUCCGGUUCCGGUUUGACAGUUGUUGACAAUCUGGGUCAGAUGUGCCUAUCUCUGGGAUAUAGCGAGACACACAUAUUUGUAUCCAUGAUUAGCAUUUUCAACUUUCUUGGCCGUGUCGGUGGCGGGUUCAUUUCUGAACUUAUCAUAAGGAACUAUGGCUAUCCCAGACCGGUGGCAAUGGCUUUUGUACAAGUCUUUAUGGCAUGUGGUCUUUUUUAUUAUGCCAUGGGUUGGCCAGGGGAAAUAUAUGUUCUGACCGUGAUAAUAGGACUUGGAUAUGGAGCCCACUGGGCCAUUAUGCCAGCUGCAAUCUCAGAACUGUUUGGCUUGAAAAGUUUCGGUGCAUUAUAUAAUUUCCUCACACUUGCAAGCCCAGCAGGUUCGUUAAUUUUCUCUGGUGUUCUAGCAAGUGGCAUAUACGACUACGAAGCAGAAAAACAAGCUUCUCUUAAACAGAAGGCUUUGGGAGUUCUUAUGGACGAUGACUCACUCUCUUGUAGUGGUAGCAUUUGUUACUCCAUCACUUGUGGUAUUUUGUCAGGAUUAUGUGCUAUUGCAGCAGUGCUGAGUUCGAUUGUUGUUUAUCGGACCAAGAGUGUGUAUACACAACUCUAUGGAAAGCAGACUGUCUGAAACGCGCGAGGGGUGAAAAAUCGUUGCUUAUUUUGCUGCAAGUAUGUGCCGGUUGAAAUAAUGCUGGAGCAACAAAAUGGACUACAUCAACCUGCUCGGGUUCCUAAACAGAAAACCAAAGAACAGAUGGCAUCACUAUUUUUCAAUUUUGUUACUUUGGCCGGAAGGAGUCCGUUAUGUAUUGGCAGUAGAAUGAAGACCAUUGCUCUUUAUUGAUUUUCUAGCACAAUGUACCGGAAUAGAUUCUCCUUGAGCAGUUCAUUUCCUACUUUUUUAAAAUGGGAAUAUAUUAUUCUUCUGUAAAACAUGAGCCAGGAUCCAGAUUUGUAUUUCAGACUGUUGUAUAAGCAAUAAAUACCAAUGACAUUCAUGUCACGGUUUCCAAUUCA